AGAAUGCCAUGGCGGACGCUGCAUCAUUCAGAGACAAAGUUAGGGAAGGAGUGGUGUGUGGUCGGCCGGUCACCCUCAUCGAGCUGCCUGCUCUGUUUAGAACACAUCUCACUCAGGAGGAAGUGAUGCGUGAGACUUUCCACUGUGUCUCUCUCUGUGACUCUGGAGUCCAUGCUUUCCUCCUGGUCGUACCUUUGGGUCCAAUCACUGAUGAAGACAAAGGAGAGCUGGAGACCAUCCAGAAGAUUCUCAGCUCACAAAUCAAUGACUUUGUCAUGGUCCUGUUUAGACAGGAUAACAUUCCAGUUGAUAAAACUGCAGUUGACUUUGUGGAACAAAAUGCAGACACAAAGCAACUGAUCAAGAUAUGCGGAGGGCGGUUUAAAAUCUUUGAUGCUUCGAAGAUUGAGAACGUCAAGCAGACAACAGAACUUGUAACAGAAAUAGUCAAAAUGAUGGAUCAGAACAGAACCUGCUACACUCUGUACAUGUACAUGGAGGCUAAACACCAAUCAGAACUGGAGGAAAAGAACAGAAGAAUCAAGGAUUUAGAGGAGAGAAUCAGGAACAUGUCACAAGGUGCUGAAAUGGAGUGUUCCAUCACAGAGUGCAUAAGGGUGGUGCUGAUUGGGAAAACUGGCAAUGGGAAGAGCGCCUCUGCAAACACUAUCCUGGGCAGAGAUGAAUUUGAGUCUGAAUCCAGCACUGAUUCUGUGACAACAGUUUGCAAGAAGGCAGUCGGCAAAGUUGUUGGAAGAACAGUUUCUGUGGUGGACACCCCUGGUCUUUUUGACACAACAUUGUCUAAUAAAGAUGUUCAGCAAGAGAUAGUGAAAUGUGUUUCCCUGUCAGCUCCUGGUCCCCAUGUGUUUAUCAUAGUGUUGAGUAUCGGGAGAAUCACACAAGAGGAGCUGGACACUUUGGACCUCAUAGAGACAACCUUUGGUCCACGGGCAGGAAUGUUCUGCUUAGUUCUGUUUACUAGAGGAGAUGACUUGAAAAAGAAAUCAAUUCAAGAUUACAUUGGGAACAGCAAGAAUGCCAAACUGCAUAAACUGAUCAGAGAUUGUGGAGACAGAUUCCAUGUCUUCAACAACAACGACGAUAAUAACUGCACACAGGUCACUGAGCUGAUUAAGAAGAUUAACAAAAUGGUGUCCAUGAACAAGGGCAGUUUCUACACCAAUGAUGUGUUCCAGGAGGCAGAAGCAUCCAUUAAACACAAACAGGAAGCAAUACUGAAGGAGAGAGAGAUGGAGAUAAAGGCUGACAUGGAGAAACUGAAGGUCAGCCAUGAAACAGACAUGGAAACAAUGAAUUCAAAGUUGGAAGAGGAGAGAUUGAAAGUUCAGCGGGAAAGACAGCUGAGAGAAAACAUGUUGAGAGAGAGAGAGAAAGCUAUUAGAAAAGAGCAUGAAGACAAGGAGAAAGCAGAGAAGGAAGAAAGAGAGUUGGAGGACAAAAAAAGGAAAGAGGAUGAAAAGUUGAAAAAAGAAAUAUGGGACACAGAAAAAGAGAAGAUGGAAAAAGAGAUAAAAACUCAGGAAAUAAAGUUGAAAAACCUCGAAAGGGAAAAGGAAGAAGAAUAUAAAAUUAGGAAGGAAAAACUGAGAAAAGAAGAGAAAGACAGAGAAGAACAACUUCAAAAUCAAGAACGGAAGUUUGAUAAACUAAAAAGGGAGCAGGAGGAAGAAAUUAAAAGGAGAGAGAAAGAAGAGGAUGAGAGGAGAAAGAAGGAAGAGGAAGAAAGACAAGAGUGGCAAAGAAAAAUAGAGGAAGCAGAGAAAGGUCAAACAGAACUCCAAGAGGUCAUGCGUAGAGAAAAAGAGGAAUGGGAGGAACAAUUGAAGAAAGAAAGAGACAGACAACAGGAAGAAGAAAGGCUGAGGAGACAUAUGGAGGCAGACACUCUUGUAGAACAAGAGAAAAAACAGAGGAGAUUGAGAGAGGAGUUUGAAAGAGAGAGGGAACGAGAUAGAAUAAAGAUGAAGGAAUCAGAAGAUCAGAGGAGAGAAACAGAGCAGAAAGAAAGAGAACGAAUAGAAAAAGACUGAAGAAAAGAGGAGAGAGUUGACAGACAAAAUGACAACGCAACAAGAGCAGUGGGAGAGAGAACGUGGAGAGGAACAUGAAAGAAGAUUUCAAGAGGAUGUAAACAGAAGAGUGGAGGAGAGACUAAGACUAAGAAAACUGGAGGAAACAUUUCAACAAGAACGUGAAGAAGAGAAUAUGAGGAAAGAGAAGGAAGAUAAUGUCAGGAGAGAACAAGAAGAGAAGAAAUGGAAGGAAAUGAGGGCAGAGCACGAAAGGAAAACAAAAGAAAUGAUGGAUAAAUAUGAACAAGAGGCCAGAAGACUUGCAGAGGAAAUGAAUAACUUUAAAGAGAAAUAUGAAAAUGACUUCCAAAAACUGUUGGAUCAACAUGAAGAAGAAAAUGAGAAACUAAGACAAAAGCACAAAGAGGAGUAUGAUCUUUUGAAUGCUCUAUAUGGUCAUGAUAAAACACAACUGACUGAGAAAAUCAAUGAAUUGAAAAAUAAGCAGGAGAAAGAGAAAAAGAACGUGCGCAAAUGUAUUGUACUGUGAGAAUCUUGAGCCCUAUUUGAAUGGGACCGGUAUAAUUAAGCAGUAAGGCCCAAGCAGGUAUAUGGCCAAUAUACCACGGCUAAGGGCUGGUCUUAUGCACGACGCAAUGCAGGGUCCUUGGAUACAGCACUUAGCCGUGGUAUAAUGGCCAUAUGCCACGAACCCCUGAUGUGCCUUAUUGCUGUUAUAAACUGGUUACCAACAUAAUUGAAACAGUACAAAUAUUUUUGGGUCAUACCUGUGGUAUACGGUCUGAUUUUCCACGGCUUUCAGCCAAUCAGCAUUCAGGGCUCAAAGCACCCAGUUUAUUAUAACUAAUAAACAUUGUAACUUAAUACUUGAAAUGUAAAUAUAUGUUUAAAUAGACUGCGGUGAUAUGAGCAGCAGUGUGAACCAAAGAUAAUUCAGAGUGAGCGUGGUGCAAGAGGUUAGACUCCCACACAGAACAUCUGCGGCUGUGUGCUUGUGCAUGGGAGUUCACUUCACUCUCCUGUGAUGUGAAAGCUGCCUGAUACUAUUUUGAAUAGAUUUUCUCUGUCCUAGAACAUCAGUACAUGAAGAGGAAUUGUCCAAAACUCCAUUUAUGGUUUCUAAACCUAUUUGUUUGAUUUAUUGUUUAUUAUCCUUGUUCAAAGCCUUUUCAUUGGACAGAUCAGACUGGCCAUGACUCAUAAAAGUAAACAUGUUGCUGGAUUGUUGGUCAUUUUUUAUAGAUGUGCUAGGGUGUCAUUUUCCUAAAGUCUGAAAUGAGAAUGUUGAGCACUUUAGUUAGUCUCCAUUCAAGGACACUGUCAAUUUCACUAAAUACUACCAUCCACAAUAUACACGUGAUAAAGCAGCAAUCUAUUGAAGCCCUAUUUGAAUGGGACCGGUAUAAUUAAGCAGGGAGGCCAGAGGAGGUGUGGUAUAUGGCCAAUAUACCACGGCUAAGUGCUGUUCUUAUGAUGUCAUAUGUUUAAUUUUUCUAUCUGUGACUGUGCUUUAUAUAUUCUGAUGCUAUUUCUGUCUUUGUGUUGUAACAAACCAGAGAAUAAAAGACAAAUCAAC